CCGCCACAUCCUCCUCCUCCUCCGGCUGCGCCUCCUCCUCCUCGUUUCCUCCUCCUCCCGGUCCAGGCAGCGAAGCGGGGUCAGGGCCAAGCCGAGGGCUCCGACGGCGCGGACGCAGCGGAGCGCCGAGCCAUGGCGCACCAGACGGGCAUCCACGCCACUGAGGAGCUGAAGGAAUUCUUUGCCAAGGCACGGGCCGGCUCUAUCCGGCUUAUCAAAGUCGUCAUCGAGGACGAGCAGCUCGUGCUGGGUGCCUCGCAGGAGCCCGUGGGCCGCUGGGACCAGGACUAUGAUGGGGCUGUGCUGCCGCUGCUGGACGCCCAGCAGCCCUGCUACCUCCUCUAUCGCCUCGACUCACACAAUGCCCAGGGCUUCGAGUGGCUCUUCCUCGCCUGGUCACCUGAUAAUUCCCCUGUGCGGCUGAAGAUGCUGUACGCAGCCACACGGGCUACAGUGAAAAAGGAGUUUGGCGGUGGCCACAUCAAGGAUGAGCUCUUCGGGACCGUUAAGGAUGACCUCUCCCUUGCUGGGUACCAGAAGCACCUGUCGUCCUGUGCGGCGCCCGCCCCGCUCACCUCAGCUGAAAGGGAGCUGCAGCAGAUCCGCAUCGACGAGGUGAAGACUGAGAUCAGCGUGGAAAGCAAGCGCCAGACCCUGCAGGGCCUCGCCUUCCCGCUGCAGCCUGAGGCCCAGCGGGCCAUCCAGCAGCUCCGACAGAAAGCCAUCAACUACAUCCAGCUGAAACUGGACCUGGAACGGGAGACCAUUGAGCUGGUACACACAGAGCCCACAGAUGUGGCCCAGCUGCCUGCACGAGUGCCCCGGGACUCUGCCCGAUACCACUUCUUCCUCUACAAGCACACACACGAGGGUGACCCCCUGGAGUCUGUGGUUUUCAUCUACUCCAUGCCGGGCUACAAGUGCAGCAUCAAGGAACGCAUGCUCUACUCAAGCUGCAAGAGCCGCCUCCUGGACUCGGUGGAGCAGGACUUCCAGCUGCAGAUCUCCAAGAAGAUGGAAAUCGGCGAUGGGGCCGAACUGACAGCUGAGUUCCUGUAUGACGAGGUGCACCCCAAACAGCAAGCCUUCAAGCAGGCCUUCGCCAAGCCCAAGGGCCCCGGUGGCAAGCGGGGUCACAAGCGCCUCAUCCGCGGCCCUGGCGAGAACGGCGACGACAGCUAGGGCGCCUCUGGGGCUUGAGCUGGUGUGUGAGGACCGGGCAGCUGCCAGCCCACCCGCCCCUGCUCCCUACCUCUGCCCUCCCUCCAGGAAAAGCUGCCUGGGACUCGCAGAGGGGCUGGGGGCCGGUGGGUACCACACCAGCACCCUCCACAAGCCUGGGGGGGGCCACAGGGCUGGCUUUUUUGUGACGCCCUUCCCCAUUCCUGUCCUUGCCUCUCACCUCUGUGCCCAGGAUGUCGUCUGGGGGGCCCUGCCUGGCCUGCCCCACCUCCCUGUGGGCUGGUGUGAAAGCUGACCUCCAGGGGAACUGAGAGGGGGACUCCAGCCAGGCCAGAAAGAAGUCUUGGGCUGCAGGAGGGGGGGGUGGGGUCUGGGGUGGGGGUCACUGCAGGGUGGGCUGGUUGGAUGCUGUAUUUUCUAAAGAAUAAAAUAUUUUUAAACCAAA